CAUACACGAAACAAAAAUAAUCAAAACAUAACAAAAGGUUAUAAGAAAAUAUGAAGACAGUGAAGAGUUUACCUCUUUUAGCUAUGCUACUUGGUGUCAUAAUUGUAUCCGCCGCCAUCUCCACUAUCUCCGUCGAGGGCCGUAAACAUCAGGUAAAGAAGAUUAAACCCAAACACCGUCGUCAUUCCAAAAACACCCCUACCGGCUCUCCGGCACCCGCACCUUACCCGUCCACUAACGAGGGCGUUUUCAACAUUAUCUCCUUUGGUGCCAAGGGAGAUGGAGUCUCCGACGACUCAAAGGCAUUGGUAGGAGCGUGGAAGGCGGCUUGUGAAGUUGUCGGAGGGAAGGUGGAGAUUCCGGCAGGGAAACAGUUUUUGGUGAAGGCAGUGACACUGCAAGGGCCGUGUGAGGAGGAGACGGUGGUUCAAAUAGAAGGAACCUUAGUGGCUCCGGAGAAAAUAGGGUCAUGGCCUAAGUCAAGCUUGUUUCAAUGGCUUAACUUCAAAUGGGUCAGUCAUGUGACAAUCCAAGGCUCAGGGACUCUUAACGGUCGUGGCUCUAACUGGUGGAACUUAGACACUUAUCAAACUCAGACAAGAAAUAAGUAUAUCCCACCAAUGAAACCAACGGCACUUAGGUUUUAUGCAGCUGAUAACGUGACAGUCCGUGAUAUAAGUAUCGUGAACAGUCCACUAUGCCAUUUGAAGUUCGAUGAUUCCGACGGAGUCAAAGUCAACAACAUAACGAUUUCUUCACCGGAGAACAGCCCUAACACCGACGGCAUCCACCUCCAGAACACACGUAACGUCGAGAUUCAACACUCUAACAUCGCUUGUGGAGAUGACUGUGUAUCCAUUCAAACUGGUUCCUCCAAUGUACAUAUAUACCACAUCAAUUGUGGCCCUGGCCAUGGCAUUAGCAUAGGUGGACUAGGGAAAGAUGAGAGUGUGGCAUGUGUUUCUGAUAUCAUUGUAGAGGAUAUCUCUAUACAAAACACUCUUGCUGGUGUUCGAAUCAAGACAUGGCAGGGAGGAUUAGGAGUCGUCAAGAACCUAACAUUUUCGAACAUUCAAGUAACGGACGUGAAGGUACCGAUAGUAAUAGACCAAUAUUACUGCGACAAGUCCAAGUGUAAGAAUCAGACCCGUGCUGUGUCGAUUUCUGGUAUCAAAUACAACAACAUUGUCGGUAGUUUCACGGUGCAACCAGUACGUAUCGCAUGCAGCAACAACGUGCCAUGCAUGGACGUGGAUCUUAUGGAUAUAAGGCUAAGACCUUCUGGAGGAAUCAGAGGGUUACAAACUCAUCAGCAACAACAAGCUUUGUGUUGGAACUCGUACGGCAAAACACAAGGGCCUUUGGUUCCUUCAAGUAUUGGCUAUUGCUUGAGGAAGAGUCAUGAUGUAUCCUUUUGCUUCCCUUCUGCAACUUUUUGUGGAUGUGAGAAGGUGAUGGCUAUUAUUGUAUCAGCUUUUCAUUUUAUUCCAUAGUGUUAUGAUGUAUGAUUCCAAUUUCAGAGGUUUAAUACUGUUUUACACAUUGCUUGUAAUAUUUAUUUAAUAUUAAUGUUUUUUAAGAUUCGUAUCUAGUAGUUAUCACUAAUUAUAUUAUAUCGGUACUAUUUCACCAUCUAAAUUAGUCCAAUGGAGUGUGGUAUGUAACGGGAAAUGGUUAAGCUUUUUUAAUCGUUUGUUAAUAUGCUAGUUGAUAUCUAAAAAGAAACAAGACUGUAAAGUGAAUGUGCAAGCAUUUCUUUUUAUAAAAAUUAAAUUAGCAA